AUUCAAUCGUGAAAUAUCCAUUGGCGACGUCGUUUGAGGAAUAAACUUAAGCGCUGGGAAUCUUUAGAACGAUGAAGCUGUUUUUAUCCGUGUUCGUGGUAGCCCUGGUGGCCGGCGUCGUUGUUGCCGACGAUAGCAAGGGUCCCAAAGUGACCGAGAAGGUUUUCUUUGACAUCACCAUUGGCGGCGAGCCCGCUGGCCGCAUCGAGAUCGGUCUGUUCGGCAAGACGGUGCCCAAGACGGUGGAGAACUUCAAGGAGCUGGCGCUGAAGCCGCAGGGCGAGGGCUACAAGGGCAGCAAGUUCCACCGCAUCAUCAAGGACUUCAUGAUCCAGGGCGGCGACUUCACCAAGGGCGACGGCACCGGCGGACGCUCCAUCUAUGGCGAGCGCUUCGAGGAUGAGAACUUCAAGCUGAAGCACUACGGCGCCGGCUGGCUGAGCAUGGCCAACGCUGGCAAGGACACCAACGGAUCGCAGUUCUUCAUCACCACCAAGCAGACCAGCUGGCUAGAUGGACGCCACGUCGUCUUCGGCAAGAUCCUGUCGGGCAUGAAUGUGGUGCGCCAGAUCGAGAACUCGGCCACCGAUGCCCGCGACCGUCCCGUCAAGGAUGUGGUCAUCGCCAACAGCGGCACCCUGCCCGUUUCGGAGGCCUUCUCCGUGGCCAAGUCCGAUGCCACCGACUAAAGUGUUUGGGGAGCAGCCCUGUCAUCCAUCAGCAACAUAACCGAUUUGAAUUAAGCAUAAACGCAUAAUCGAUUUUUCCAGACAUUUGCAUUUACCAUAGCUCGCCAUGUUUAUUUACAUUUCGUUCCGUAAGCAAGUAAUUGUGCUCAACUAAAAACAGAAAUGGCAAAAAUAAAGAAUGAUUUGUGUGUGAUAAAGA